UUUCAAACAAAGUUCUCAUACCCACUUCUAGGGCUUGCAAUACCCUCGCACCUCUGUCUUGCGACUCAUCGCUAUCGAACAGCGAAGCGCACAGAACGAUGGGGUCAAGGGACAAGGACCAAACGACAUCGCAUCAUCAGCCUCUUCUGAGCAGCCUCGUCGUCCGGCCCUCCACCAGCGACGGCGGUGGCGAUGGAGGUGGCCGUGGCAGCGAUUACGAGCUCGGCGAGGUUCGCCGUGAGCCUCCUCAGUACACUCGUUCGGAUCGUUACAACGAUGAUCCUGGAUAUAGAAUGCGUGCAGGUUCUGCUUCUCCUGUACACCGCAGGGAUGCAGAUCAUCGAUACAGUUCUGAGUAUGAUCAUUCAGGUGGCCCCCCACGUGGUCGUGAGUUUGGCAGUGCACGGGAUUCUGGUAGAUAUCGAGACAACUCACCCCAUUAUGCUAGAGGAAGGGGUGCUGGCAGACCAUUCAGUAGAGGUUUAGAUGGGCCGGGGCCUGGCCCUGGGCCGUUCAGAGGUGAAGGGAGUAGAAAUAAUCCAAAUGUGCGCCAAAGGCUUGGAGACUGGAUUUGUCCAGAUCCUUUAUGUGGCAACCUGAACUUUGCAAGGCGAGAGUACUGCAACAACUGCAACAAGUUCCGCUACGGACCUGGGGGAAGUCCUCGAAGAGGUUAUCCCGGCCCACCACCUCCCAGUGGUCCUCCUAGACGCUUCCCUGGUCCUCCAGUUGAUCCUCCACUUGGAAGGAGCUUGAAUGGUGGCUAUAGGUCUCCACCCCGUGGCUGGGCUAGAGAUGGCCCUAGAGAUUUUGGCGCUGGGAUGCCACCUCCAAGGCAUGAAGGCAGGUUUCCUGACCAUCAAAUGCGAAGAGAUCGGUUGGAUUACUCAGACAACCAUAGAGGAAGAACCAAGUUCGAUCGGCCAAUGCCCAUGGAUUGGGGUAAUAGGGAUCGCGGAAGGGAUAGCUUCUUUAAUGAACGGAAAGCAUUCGAAAGGCGACUGCCCUCUCCUCCUUCACCACCACCACCACCACUAGCCCACCGUGGCCGAUGGGCACAUGAUGUUAGAGAGAGAAGCCGGUCCCCAUUAAGGGGUGGCCCACCACCAAAAGAUUAUAACCGGCCUAUGUACAUGGAUCGAGGACGAGAUGAUCGUCGUGGCAUGGGGCGAGGCCGAAUUGGAGAUGCAUAUUAACAAUAGGCCAGGGGCAUGUUUUGCUGGUGUAAUUUUGUCUCGAGUAGAUAUCUGUUUCUCAUCUAGAGUGUACGGAAGAGUGCGCAUAGUUUAGUCCUAAUUUUAAGAUUUCGUUUUUGAAUUGGUUUCUGUGACUUUGAACAGGUUAUAUGCUCGCUCUUCUGUCAAUGUUUCUUGGGUGACGUUUGUCUAUAUGAUGGAUAUUUCGCUGCUA